AUGGAUGAGUCUGGACCUACAGGUGAUGUUGCAACUGGACAAACUGACGAUGUGGAACAAUUCGGUCACUGGUUGGAUGUUUCUGUAGGCGAGCUUGGUGUUGAAGAACAUUUUAACAUGGUACAGCAUGGCAGUGGUGUCUACGAAGGUGAUGCUAUGUUUGGUUUUGACAAUCAGUCACCACUGUGGCCCCUUGAGAACGGCGGAACUUUUCAGAGAUCAGAUGAUGCAUCAGUGUGCCCUAGUCCCAGUGUGGAACCUGACGCAGUGCCGGUGUUUGACCGACCAAUGCCUGGACCUCAGCCUUCUGUAGGAGAUGCUCAGUGGCAGCUUGGAGGUGCGGCAAAUUUUGCACAGUUUUCACAGCAGCCUAGCAGUUUGCUAUUGCCGUGGGAAACAGGAGUCUUUGCUGACAUUUUUGGGCAUUCAACCUUUCUUGAACUCCCCGUGAACUGCCUGCCUGAACCUGACAGUGGCUUAAUGGAGCACAUCAUUGCUGCAGCUGACAGUGCAGAGGCCAGCAGUGCGCCACCGUUGGACUCCUGCUACGACAAGGCUGUUAGAAAUGUUCAGGAUUUGGAUUAUUUCGAAAACAAAAACAGGUUGCGUGAACUUGCUUGUGGACAAUGGUUAGAAAUGCUUUCGUGUAGCUGGUACGCCUCGGGCGUUGGGGAGCAGUUAGCAAGGGAUAUGCAACUGGAUUCUUCAGGCACAGCUGCAUUUGAAACUCUUAAAGCUAGCUUCGGCAUAAAGAGUCCUCAGACUCUUUUGAAGCGUGCCUCAAGCCUGCGGAGAUACUUCAAGUGGCAUGCUGAGUUGCGCUCUGAUGCACGGGAAAUCCAGAUCAGUCCAUUGCCUUUUUCAGAGAACGAUGUUUGGUCUUUCUUUCACUGUUUACGGAAUUUGAGUUUGAGAUUUGAAAAUCAGCGUGGCUUCACAAAUGCUUCAGCUUUUCUGGAGACAGUGCGAUUCAUGAAGUUCACAUUGGAUCUCAGAGAGGCAGAUGCAGCUGCACCACUUGAAUUGCAGCAUCUACAGCGCUUACAUGAAGUUCUGGAAGGUGCAGCCUGCUUGACAGAUCGACUGGGAGCAGGAGUCAUGCUGGUUUGUAUCUACGGACGUGCCAGAUGGUCAGAUUUGAGAUACAUUCAUCAUGUCGUAGCUGAAGAGGGCAGAAAUGGCUUUUUGACCUUGUACACAGCAGAGCACAAAACUUCAGCAGUGGGUGCUCGACGAGAGCAAUACCUACCACUUGUGGUGCCUUGGAUGGGAGUGACUCACGAUGAGUGGGUCAAGACUUUCAUGGACGUUUACAAGAUGGCUGGCUUGGACUUGUUCAAGGUUCCGCUGGGACCUUUGUUGCCAGCUCCUCGCAUGGGAGGCAGCUUUGGAGCCAGGCCACUGUCGACUCCAGCUGAGUGGCUCAGGCUGUUGCUGCGAGGGACCAAAGACUGUGAGCAAUUCAAGGCUCAUUCACUGAAAACAACACUGUUGGUGUGGGCUGCAAAAGCGGGCCUGGACAAGGAAGUGCGUGCAGUGCUGGGGCAUCAUGCUUCAGCACUUCAAGGGUCGGAGGUUGUUUACAGCCGGCACCUGCAAACACGGGCAUUGCGGAAGCUCAACAUGUUGUUGCACAGAGUGCGCAUUGGGUUAGGUCUUGAAGAGGACCCAAUGGCACCAAACCCAUACGCCACUCCUUGUGCUCGGACACCACGACCAGGUGCUUUUGGACCUCAACCUGUGACUCCUUUGCCACCAGUUCCAGUGCUUGACAAACCAUCGGACGCAGUUGAUGCUGCUGUGGAGGCAGUGAAUAUUGCGGGUGACGUGGAGAGCAUCAAGGAAGAGCAGACUUCCAGCAUUUCACUGUUUGACUUGAAGAUUGUGGACACUGGAGUGGUGGAGCUGGACAGUUCGUCCGGAAGUGAGAGUGAGAGCACAAGCUCCACAUCGUCUUGUGGAGAGGCAAGUGUGCCACAACGCGAUGCACAUGCUUUUGUGGAAGUGGUGCCAGAGGGCUUGACAUACUACAAGCAUCGAAAGAGUGGAAUCGUGCACAAAGUGACUGAAGGCCAGAAGGUGGCAGCAUGUGGUGCUCAAAUGUCAGCAAACUUCCAACAGCUGACGCAGCGGCUCACAGUACGUUGGCCAAAAUGCUUGAAGUGUUUUCCGAAAGACAGCAACAGAAUUCGAAAUCUUUCUCAGCUCAAUGGAGCUCUUGAUGCCGUACUGGACAAAGCCAAGCGUAAGGAGAGAUGUGCAAAGCUUGGGCUGAAUGCAGCAUUUGUCGCGUCCCUAGCUGGAGCUCAAGUCGACAACCUUUCAAAGCUUGCUUUUGUGAUUGGUCAACCUGGCCAGCCGAUACAGAAUCAAGAUGUGACAGACUUUUUGCAGAAUGCUUUGGGAAGGGCUGCGACCUUAGCUGAGACCUCAGCUUUGAAACGUUUGGGUUUUGAAGCUCAUACUUACCUUGUUGCAACACUGCGACAACAAGUUGAUCAAAGUGACGAAACGCAACCCCGAAAAGUUGCCUUUGCUGAGCGGACCCAACGUAUGGAUCGGCUACGUCAGGAGCUGAGAGGUUUGGACAUCACUGGUGAACUUGAGCCACCGCAUGGGCUAUUAGAUAAGUGCUGUGCAAUUUUUGACAGUAACAAUGUCAAGUGGCUGGAACCUUCAAUUUGCAUUUCACGAAGCAUGGAAGUGCAGGGUACACCGAAGUCUCGUGAGUUGACUUUGGAAAAGGGUUCUUUGAUCCUGAAGCACGAUGACAAACAGACGUGCUCGACUGACUCAGAGAUCAAGCUGCACUAUGCCAUGACUAGGCGAGCAGUGGCCCUAGCCUUUGCAAGGGUUAUGUCAUUUCAGCAGCACAAUGCUUGGUUGUGCUUUCUCUUCGAGUCUUUACACAGAGAGGUGCCACCUGGAUACAGCAAAGCAAACUUGUCACAGGUUGUGAGUUGUGACAAAGCUGCUUGGGCAAGGCUUGCAACCUUAGGUGUCUCGACACGAGAGGCAGCAGAUGGUCGACAACUUCGAGGCAAUAAAAUUCCGCCCCUGGUGCCUGAUUUUCAACAAACUGCUGUUUUCUUUGCCAAGCAACCUUCAGACAUCCCAUGUGGUCUCAUGGGAAAGCUUUCAUCUUCAAUCACUGUGAUGACAGAAGCCAAGCAACUGGUGGAAGCAGUUGAAGUUGGCCAUCCCUCCAAGAUUGGCCUUGCAGUUCCAAAAGACCUUCGGCUGGCGCUGGAAAAGCCCAUGUGUUGGAGCGAGCAAACAUUGGUGCAAUACCGAAUGGAUUGGUGCCGCAAGUGGCUAAAGCGUGCAAGGCAGUUGGACAGAUCUGAGCGUUUGGAUGCAGAGACAAGGCUUGGACAAUCACUUCGAAGCUUCGCUGGAACCUUAUGCCCAGAUGACGAGUUGUUUGCUGAUACCUUGCUAGGCUUCACACAGGUGAAACUAGAUGACAUGCUUAGCGCCAGGGUGACGGGCAAAGAACAGCAGAUGGAGUUGUUACCAUUCACAGCCUUGGGAAGAGUCACAGGUGAUGACCACUGGGGUCGCUUCUGGAUGGAUGCGAGACAGGAGUGCAAUGCUAAUGGCUGGAACCAUUUCCUGAACUCAUGGUCAGAGAGCACGCACAACUGGGUUGAUUCACGUAUGUCCACAGCAGAGGCAACUGGCGGGUUGAGGGAGCUGUUAGAACCUCACAUUGGCGCCGACCGAGCAGGGGCCUUGACCGUCCAUGGACUCAAGGCCACACUUCUUAGCUGGGCAGCUAAGAGCACUCUUUUCAGUGCAGACGAGCAGCUGGCCCUGGGACAUCAUGUCCAUGCACAAUAUCGUUCAGCCAUGAUUUACUCAAGAGACAAUCAAAUUGGGCUUUGCAAGAAACUGCACGAAAUGUUCAAUAAGAUCAAGGAUGGCCUUUUUGAUCCAGAUGCAGCUCGAGUUAGCAGAUUGUUUCAACUGGCUUAUGCAACAAUGUUGGAAUGUCAGGGCGCAGAUGAUGACAGCGGCUCAGAAGCCGAGUCCGACGCUUCAUCGGUGGCGUCUUCAGGUGGAGAACACGACAGCGUGGCUCAGAGGCCAAAUUACAAGCGGCUAGAGGCUGAUGACAUGGAAGCAGAUCAGUGCUUGAUCAAUAGCAAUUCAAAAGUUAUUCAUUUGUUGGCAAGCGAGGAUGAAACCUUUUGGUGUGGACGCAGUGAUCUGCGCAAAUUGCUCACAUGCAUACAGAGCGGCAGGGCAUGGAGAUUGAAAGGCAACAUCGAAUGGAUGGCAGCCAUCAACCUUAGCGGCAAUGACUCGCCCCGGCAGCAUGACGAGGCAUUGCAUUCCAAGGUUGACACUUCACUUGCGCUGGACAAUUCUGGAGGCUUGAGACUGAGCAAGAAACAGCGAUUGGAUGACGUGAACGUAACAGGUGAACACAAAUUAAGGCAGGCCUUUCUCAGACGUGCUUUGGCUUAUGAUUUAGCAGGGAUUGCAACGUUCUCAGUGCUGGACUUGUGGACUCAAAAGUUGUUUGAGAAGAUGAAUGAGGCAGAAUAUCCGGCCUUGUUAUGCAAUAGAAUGGCCGAUUGCGUGUUUCAAAUGGCCAAGACCAUGGGGAUAACACCACAAGUCCCCGCUCGGCUAAAAGACUUGCUCAAGCUGCACAUGGGACAACAAACAAUUCGUCACCAGCCCUUGAUCCCAGAGUACAAGACUUACGUCCACUCAGACACCCCAGUGUCCGACGAAGCAUAUAAAUUGCUUGCUGCUCCUCCUUCAAAUGGGGCAGGAACAACUGAGCAGCUCGACGACCAGGGGACUCCAAAUAAAAGGCCCAGAACAACCUUCAAGUACGGUGUGUGGCACAGCCCCGAAGAAUUUUUGAAGAAAGCGGCAGAGGUUUGCCACCCCAUGGACAAUGAGUCAGUGCUGCACCCGGUCACAAAGCAGGCCAUCCAAAAGGUUGUCCAUACAUGCCCAACCAAGUUAGCCAAGGAGAGGCUAGCAGCGGUCUUCAAAAUGCGGAAAAUGUCAACGGAACUGAGCUCGGCUGAGAAUGAACUGAAGGAUUCCAUGCACCCGGACGUGCGCAGAUGCGUGCGGACCAAAAACAUUUUGUUGUUUGAGCGCCUCCUCUCGCAGUUUGAGUUUUGGGAUAUGGAUGUUGUGAACCUCUUAAAGCAUGGAGUUCCUUUGGUGGGGCUGCAACCGCCGCCGAAUGGGUACCAAAAGCAGUUGGUGCCGGCAAGCAUGACUGAAGAUGAACUUUUCCAAUCGGCCAUGUGGCGGCGACAGGGCAUUAUGGCUGGUUCACGACGCUUGACGCAGUUGGAAGAGUCUGCCUUGAUCGAGGCUACAGCGGUCGAAGUUGAAAAAGGGUUCCUGCAAGGUCCUUACACUGAAGCUGAGAUGACGGUGCUGCUGGGGACAGAGAGCUGGAGCCUCAACCCCAGAUUUGUCCUUUUUCAGGGGGCGAACAACAAGGUGCGAGUCAUUGACGACGCAAAGCAGAGCUCGGUCAACGAGGGAGAUAAGGCAAUCAACUUUGCAAACGUGUUCGACCUCCUUGGAGUGACGUUUGAGCUCGACAAGCUGUCGCUGGGAACUCUCACGAUAUCCAACAAAGCCAGCCGCAUCGAGAAACUUUGCAAGAUGUUGGAGGAAGUUGAGAAGUCAAGAACUCUGACGGCAGCACGGGCCAGUGAGAUACAGGGACUCCUUAACUUUGCUGUCAGCUUUUACAUGGGCCGCGGUCUCAAGCAUCUUGUUUCGUCCUUUAUGCCACUUGCAGAUGGCCAACGUUUCUCAAACCCUGAUGAAGUUGCGAGCUUGUGUUCCUACGCAAAGGACAUGCUACGCGAGCAAAGACCCAGGGUGCACACCAUGUCAAAGCCAUGCCAACCUGUUUUGAUAUUCACUGAUGGGGCCUAUGAGAAUGGCGUAGCCACUGCUGGGGCAGUCGUGGUUAGCGGCUCUUCUAGACUGGCAUAUGUGGUAACAGUCCCUCAAGCGUUGGUUGAACUAUGGAUCGAAACUGCCGGUGACCAAAUCAUUUCCCAAAUUGAGUUAUGGGCUUUGGUUUCUGUCAGGUUUUGCUUGCGUCAGAAACUCCAGGGCAGAAGAGUCAUUGAGUGGAUAGACAACGAAGCAGCUCGAAUGAGUGCAAUCAAAGCCAAUAGUUCUUCUCCCUCUAUGAAAGUCUUGACGCGCAUCAUGGCUGAACUGGAGCUCCAAUGGCCCACCUUUUCUUGGACUGAAAGAGUUUGUUCCUUUUCCAACCCCUCAGACUUGCCGUCUCGUGGAAGGUUGGAAGAGGCCUUAACAAAGUAUGACCCCAAAGAUGGAGGAACUCUUGAUGCUUCACGCGAGCUAACGGACCUGGUCAUCGACUUACAAAAAUCGCCUUACAAAGCGUUCAACAAUCUCAGCACAUGGUACGCCAGAGUACCAACCGAAGCGAAUGUGAGCGAUUAUCCUUCUCGUGCUGUCGUGGGUUUCCUUGCUGACACGAGUUUUGGUUUCGCAAAGUCCAUGUCCAAACUGUUUGGAUUAGAGCAGUCAAAUGAGACGUGCUCCAGUGUGACUUGCUCGAACAACCCUGGCGACCCUGGAAAUGCGAGGCUUGGCAAUGACACAACUGCGUUGCUACAUUUCCAAGUCGCCAGCACUACCACGACGACGCUUCCUGCAUGCGUUGCCGAGAUCAACACUGGCGAUUGUAAUGCCAUGAGCGCAUGCAAGUGUGAACCCGAUAUCAACCCCCAGCCAAUUGGAGAUUUCCCUGACACACAAGGCACUUUGCAGUGCGGCGGCAAGCUUUCUUGUAACUCGCAAUCUGCAUCAAAUACCAACUUCUUCAGGAUGAACACACCUAGCCCCUUGGAGUGCAGUGGACAGAAUUCCUGUCAGAUUGAUUUCAAUGUGGAAAAUAUCGGGUCCAUGUGCGUCACUGGGGACAAUGCAGUCGGCCCCAGUUCACAAGCCGGGACCUACAAAUUGGCAGAUCCUGACGUCGCCACGGGGCGCGUCAAUGAUGUUUGCUGUGCGCGGGAAGUGGGUCAGAAUCAACCUACCUGCAAAAGUCCAACGUUCGAGAAUGUCGGCAGCUUCUUUUGCACCGGUGAUGUUUCUUGUGACAACGUUCAAGCCACUCUUUCAGGCGAUUUCUACUGCAGGUCCCUGCAAGGUUGUGGCGAUCAGACAAACCCACCAAAUGAUGAUGAAUAUUGGCAGUGGACUACAAGUGGCAAGCAUUGCAUCAGGUGCCAGAGCACAGACCCUGGAUUGGAUCAAGACUGGCAUGGGAUGCUGACCGUUUUGACUAUGUCAGCAUUCAAAUUUUCUUUUUGGUUACGUGGAACUUAUGGGACCAUACUGGGCCAUCACGUUUUGCCAACGUGCUUUGCUUCUCAUUCCUGGAUGACCGUGAUUUACAGACUGUAUGCUGCACUUGCUAUGGCAUUUACAUUGAUCGGGAUGACAUCUACCUUCGGCUUGACGAGUAUAAUCGCUCAGAGGCGCUUUGUGGCACUCACUGAUCACCGGGCUUUUCUGCUUGUCCAUUGGACUCCUUCUGGAACUGGCCUUUCAUUCUCCUUCAUUUCAUGUUUUGCAACGGAUGCAAUCAACGGCACUGGACUUGGAACGGGGGGAGCUUUGCCCUCGGCUGUGUUGAGAAAACCAAACGGAUGGAAAGCGAUUUGGAUGAAUGUCCGCUGA